CCACGGAGUGCUGCCGCUACCAACACUCUUAGUGAGCAACGGACUACAUAUUGGUGAUGAUCAGACUUUCGGUCUCGCUUAAAAAUUUGUUUUUAUUUCGUGAAUCUGUGAAUGGAAGUUAUUAUUUUGUAAUAUUUACAAUACUAUUGCUUAUGAUUAUUCUACACUUAGUAUCAAUGUAAAAAAUUGUGAUUUUUCAAAACAUUCUAGAAAGUUGUAGUUAGUUUCUUUAUUGCAGUCUUUAGAAAGACUCGUGUUUUUUUUCCAUGUUUACAUGAACACGAAUAGUGAAAAAUAAGUUUUGAUUUUUUCCGUUUCACCUUGAUAUUUAGUAUGGACUUGGAAGCUUGGUAACAAUAAAAAUAUGUUUUUGAAUUGUAUAUGACCAAAGGCACUUUGAAAUAUUUGCAGGCGUAUUUGGGGGGUUGGACCUUGACUUCCGGGGGCGGUGACUCCCUGCUGUUGCUGCGCCUGUUCCACGUGACAGGCGCGAGCGCGUACUUGGUGCGCAGCGUGUGCACGCGAGUUCAGAAGAAAGAAAAUAACAAAAAGUAUUGAGAAAAGAAAAAAGUGCGAUGUGCGUGUUUUUUACUUAUCACCUUGAUACAUUUUGAAUCGCACGCGAUAAUGAAAAUUCACUGAUUUUGUAUUGGAAUAUUUUUGCGUGUAUUUUAAAAAAUACACUUUAACCACACGCCGUGGGAAUAAAUAGAAAUAAUAUAAUAUUCUUUAUUUUCGACUGCUGAUUGUGGCUUAGCAGUUGUUACAAUCGUGAGAACAACGAAUAAUGCAGACAAGACACAAAAGUUCCAAAAUUUCGUAUUGACAGAACUUUCAUUGAAUCCAAAUACAAUGAGUUUCAUUCUUUAACGAACUCAACAUAUCAAAUAUUUGAGAUCCUCACGAAGGUUAUCGACUUGAGCCAUAAAAAUGCUGGAGAAAAAAGUUUUUCAUGUAUCAAAACAACGGUGGAAACUUUCAUUCAAGUAAAAGAAAGUAGUGCAAAAAUUUUUGAAUAUUUAUAACAAUUUCAUUUGACAUAAAGUGAUAUUAUAUAACUAUAGUGAUUAGACAAUUAAAUAUUUAAUAAUGAGUAGUGAAAACGAAAUUUCAUCAUUUCCUAAUGAUGUCAAUUCUUCUGGAAAUGGAAACACAGGAGUGAAUUCAAGAACACCUCCAAAUUGCGCGCGUUGCCGCAAUCACCAAUUGAAAAUUGCUCUCAAGGGGCACAAAAGAUACUGUAAGUAUCGAAAUUGCACUUGUAAGAAGUGUAUUCUUACCAAGGAUCGUCAAAGGGUUAUGGCUUUACAAACAGCUAUCAGGAGAGCUGACGACCAGGACACCACAAGAGUUCGCAGACCGGAAGAGCAGGUGGAACCUCGGCCAUUGGCCUUGGACCGAAAACGAUUGAUUUCGGUCCGUCAAUCCGUGAGGAGUCUAGAGGGUAGUCGUGACAGCAGCAGUGGAGAUUCGCCUAUAAGUAAUUACGGUAGUACUGGUGUCCACAUCGUUAGUGUUCCAACUUUACAGAAGCUAUCAUCUCCCCUCGACAAUCAUUCAUCCUCGGCUACGCAAUUACUUGAACCGAGGAGUUAUGAAAGUGUCGAGGUGCUACUGGAAUGUAGUACAAAACUAUUGGAGCGAUUUUGGUUUUCGUGGGAGAUGUUGCCAUUGGUGUAUAUAAUAUUAAAAGAUGCAGGAGCAGACAUGGAAGAGGCAUCGAGGCGUAUUAUGGAAGCCAAUGAUGAAAUACGAGCAAUGGCCGUUUGGAAGGCAAGGAGGAUGAUUCAAAAUACAGGAAUGUAUCCAUAUGAUUGUUACAAUGUUACGGGAAAUAUUGGAGCAUCAACUCAUUUUGGUUUUCCACCUUACAUUGGAGGAGUGGCACCUCCACCUACUGUACUGGGUGGACCUUUACCGGAUGUGAUAAGCGCUCACGUUCAUGCAAGCAGAGUACCUUCUUCAAGUCCUGGCAGUCCUCCUGAACGACCAACCACAUAGUCAUGGUCAUGUAAACAUCAAUGAAAAUGGAGCUCUCUAAUGGUGCUCAAAGGUUGAAGAAUCUAUAUUGAGCUAUGAAAACACCAAGAUACACCGUAUAAUGAGUUGGUGAUUUUAUUUCUCAAGAAUUUCAUCGAAUUUAUAUGACAUUCCAAAUAUUUAUUUAAGUUUUUAAGUGUAAAUCUGAAACAAUUAUUGUUUUGGAUAUAAGUAGAAAUAAUAAUUUUUUUUUUUGUUAUAAAUGUCAAAUUUAUGAAUUUUGACAUUAAAAUUUUAAACUAUUAAAUAAGAGUUAUUUUGUCAAUAAGAUAAAUAUUACAAUCAUUACUAAAGAAACAAUUAUCUCAACAAUUUUUUUCAAUACAGUAUUUUUAAAUUAAUGUUAUUUGGAAGUGUGUGAUCAAAUGUGCAUAUUCCAUAAACAUGCACAUAUUUUAGGACAUAGAUAAUUUUAUUAAUGAAUGUAAUAUUACAAAACAAAAAAAUACUUGAUCUUUAUCUUUAUUACCAUGAAAUUUUUAAAGUGUGUUAUACAUCAUUUUUUUUUUUUAUUUUCCAAGUGUGUCACUAUAUUAUAAUACAAAGUUUCUUCUGUUAAUAAAAUAUCUGCAGAAGAUGUAAUAAUAUAAAAGUGUACAGCUUUAGUAUAUGUUGUAAUGCGCUCAAAAACAUAUUGAUAAUUGUUUCAUAGCGCAUUCGAUAAGUGUUACUCUUACUCUAAUGGUAUAUUUCUUUAAAAUAAAAACACUGAAUUUAUUAUCAAUGAUAGAUAGGAAAUUUUAA